UGAUGGGGAACGGCGGGGAACGGCAGCGAGCGGCGGGGGAUGGUGGCGAGCGGCGGCAGCAGGGAAAUGGCGGGGAAUGGCAGGGGAGCGGCGGGGGACAGCGGGGGACAGCGGCAAGUGGCAGGGGAUGGCAGCGAGCGGCGGGGAAUGACAGAGAACCACGGGGGACGGCAGCAAGUGGGGGUGAGAGGUGGCAGCAGGGAGCGGCGGGGGAUGGCAGGGAACGAUGGCGGGGGACGGCAGUGAGCGGCGGGGGACGGAGGCAAGCAGCGUGAAACGACGGGGGACGACAGCGGAUGGCAUUGAGCAGCGGGGAACAAUGAGGGACGACGGGGAACGGCAGCAAGAGGGGGCAAGUGGCGGCAGCGGGGGAACGGCAGGGGACGGCGGUGAGCGGCGGGGGACAACACGGCACAGCGGCGAGCGGCGGUGAACAGUGGGGGACGACGGGGGACGGCGUCGAGCGGCAGGGAACGACGGGAGACGGCGGCAAGGAGGGGCGAGUGGUGGCAGCGGAAGAACAGCAGGCGAUGGGGAAUGGCAGCGGACGGCGGCGAGCGGCGGGGGACAGCGAAGAGCGGCGGGGGAUGGCGGAGAGCGGCGGGGGACGCCGGCAGAUGACGGGGGAACGGCAGGGGACAACGGGGGACAGCGUCGAGCGGGAACGACGGGGAACAGCGGCAAGGGGAGGAACAGCAGGAGAUGGGGAAUGGCAGCGGACGGCGUCGAGCGGCGGGGACAGCGUCGAGCGGCGGGGGACGGCGGAGAGCGGUGGGGCACGCCAGCAGAUGACGGGGGAACAGCAGGGGACAACGGGGGAUGGCAGCUGGAGGGGGCAAGCGUUGGCAGCGGGGGAAACGGCGGGGGAUGGCGGGGAAUGGCGGCAAGCAGCGGGGGACUGCAGGGAACGGCGGGGGAUGAUGGGGGACAGCGGCAAGCAGCGGGGAACAACGGGGGACGACGGGGGAUGGCAUCAAGCGGCGGGGAACAACGAGGGACGACAGGGGACGGCGGCAUGAGGG